AUGGACGUUGUUGCUACUUUUUACAGAGGUGUGGGAAACAAACUUAUAUACAGGGUCACACUCUGCAGGAAGCCAAUGCUUUAUGUUAUCAAUUUAAUCGUGCCACUGUUCUAUUUUCUGGUCCUGGAUUUGGCCUCCUUCUUCAUCAGUGAGGCCAGAGGUGAAAAGCUGAGCUUCAAAGUGACUGUCCUCCUGUCCAUCUCCGUCCUACUGCUGAUUCUUAAAGACAUGUUGCCCUCUACUGAAGACAGACUGCCGAUGAUAGCCAGGUACUGUGUUACGAUCUUCGUCCUGGUGGGGCUGAGCAUUUUGGAGACCAUGCUGGUGAGCUUCCUAAUUGACCUCAAUGGUUGCUGUGGUAACAAGGCUCAAAGCUCCGUUAAUGCCCAAGUGGAUAUUCAGCUUGAAGCGGACAAUCACAAAGAGCCUGGGGGAGCUGAAGAGACCCCAGAGAAAAGUUCCUUUCCUCUGGAUCGGCCCGAUGAGCGCGACCUGCUGAAACUAAUCAUGGAGGAAGUGAAGGCUGCUCGACAGGACGCUGAAGGACAAGACAAAACCAAGAUAAAGCCUGGACUCUACAGAAGACUGGCCCAAAUCAUAGACUCUGUUUUCUUCACUCUUUACUUUGGAACUGUUGUAGUUUUUAUGACAUACAUGUAUUCAACGUGGGUUUCACAAUAUGUUAAUAGUAAUUAGAUGAUGUGUGUAUACUAUGCCAGUGCAUGCUCUUAAA